CCAGUACCAUGAAAUAAACAAAUCGUAUAUGACGACAGGAAUUUUCAUUGACAGUUCAAACAAGCAGAGCAUUGGACCUCGAAGAAGAUUAUACGCUUAUUUUAUAGUUUAGCAUUUUAUUUUGAACAGAGAGUAUGUAUUUUUGAUGAGAAUGUGCAGAAAUGGGCGUGUUUAAAUGUCCUCAUCGCCACGACGAGUGGAGUCUGGCAUCACAGAGACUUCAAUGUGUUGACCCAAACCAAUAUCAUUGUCUUUUGGACGAAAAUGGCAAGGAUACUGAGCAUUGUCUUGGCAAGGUCUGGAUUCCGGAAGGUAUGUGCCCAGAAUACAACUCCAAGGUCAGCAAAAUAGAUGUUUCCGUGUGUGAGUCAAGUAGCUGUGCCAAGCAAACCUACUGGUCCAAUGAGGUGUACAAAUAUUCCGUCUGCCUUGAUAAGACUGGGACUGUAACUACAGACAGUUCACCGCAAAUGACGACACCAAACGACAGCAUCCAAUCCACAAACACAGUUGUGGCUAUCAUAGUUCCCGCCAUUAUUCUAAUAAUCGGUGUAUCUUUAACUUAUAUUGUUUGGCGGAGGAGGAGGCGGCGGCGGCGGAAGAACCAAAGAGAUAUCGAUCAACAUAAAGACGAAGAUGUUCCACUCCGGGAUAGAGGCACAGCAAAUCUCGAAAACCAUGACGCUAAACAUAUUCCAUUAACAUCUAUUAUAAAAGACGAACGCAAACUCUUGGAACGUAACACUAAGGAUCACCAAGCUUCAGAUGCCGAUAUCCUGGAGAAGAAUAGAGUCAUUCUAUAUAUAUCCGACAACAAAUCCUCCGUCGGGAUAAAGAUGACCGAUUUAGAUUCUUGUGGAAGAUUCGGUAAAUCGAUUUUUGUCAGCUCUCUCAGUAUGUGGGAACUGGAGGAUGACACCAGUUUAUAUUUUUUUCGACAGCCCUUGGAUGGAAUAAAUUCUGUAUAUCAUUUAGAGCAAAUCUCAGAGGAGUUGAAAGAAAUGCACAGACAAACAACUCAGACGCCAGCAAUUUAUUUUGCUCUCUCUUUCAACACAGGGGAGUGGUGGCAAUAUAAGACUCAUUUAUUGAAAUAUGAUUUUUUCAACAAAGCGAAUAUCAUAAAGAUUUAAGAUACAUUGUAGAUAGACAUGUCAAUGGGUCUUGUAGUUAGAAAGAUGGCUAAUAAUAAUUUUAUUUGUGCAACUCCAUUAUGACAAUGAUCUAAAGUAAAAAUAAAUUAUUCGCACAUACAAA